AUGCAGCACUGGGCCCGGCGCCUGGAGCAAGAGAUCGAUGGUGUGAUGCGGAUUUUUGGGGGCGUCCAGCAGCUCCGUGAGAUCUACAAGGACAACAGGAAUCUGUUUGAGGUGCAGGAGAACGAGCCUCAGAAGUUGGUGGAGAAGGUGGCAGGAGACAUCGAGAGCCUGCUGGACAGGAAGGUGCAGGCCCUGAAGAGAUUGGCCGACGCUGCAGAGAACUUCCAGAAAGCCCACCGCUGGCAGGACAACAUCAAGGAGGAAGACAUCCUGUACUAUGACGCCAAGGCCGAUGCUGAGCUGGACGACCCUGAGAGUGAGGAUGUGGAAAGGGGGUCCAAGGCCAGCACCCUAAGGCUGGACUUCGUUGAGGACUCAAACUUCAAGAACAAGGUCAACUACUCAUACACGGCCGUGCAGAUCCCCACGGACAUCUACAAAGGCUCCACUGUCAUCCUUAAUGAACUCAACUGGACAGAGGCCCUGGAGAAUGUGUUUAUCGAGAACCGCAGGCAGGACCCUACACUGCUGUGGCAGGUCUUUGGCAGUGCCACAGGAGUCACUCGCUACUAUCCAGCCACCCCAUGGCGAGCCCCUAAGAAAAUCGACCUGUACGAUGUCCGAAGGAGACCCUGGUAUAUCCAGGGGGCCUCGUCGCCCAAGGACAUGGUCAUCAUCGUGGAUGUGAGCGGCAGCGUGAGUGGCCUGACCCUGAAGCUGAUGAAGACGUCCGUCUGUGAGAUGCUGGACACGCUCUCUGAUGAUGACUAUGUGAACGUGGCCUCGUUCAAUGAAAAGGCACAGCCUGUGUCAUGCUUCACACACCUGGUGCAGGCCAAUGUGCGUAACAAGAAGGUGUUCAAGGAAGCUGUGCAGGGCAUGGUGGCCAAGGGCACCACAGGCUACAAGGCCGGCUUUGAGUAUGCCUUCGACCAGCUGCAGAACUCCAACAUCACUCGUGCCAACUGCAAUAAGAUGAUCAUGAUGUUCACGGAUGGUGGUGAGGACCGCGUGCAGGAUGUCUUUGAGAAAUACAAUUGGCCCAACCGGACGGUGCGUGUGUUCACUUUCUCCGUGGGGCAACACAACUACGACGUCACACCCCUGCAGUGGAUGGCCUGCGCCAACAAAGGUUACUAUUUUGAGAUCCCUUCCAUUGGAGCCAUCCGCAUUAACACACAGGAAUAUCUGGAUGUAUUGGGCAGGCCCAUGGUACUGGCAGGCAAGGAGGCCAAGCAGGUGCAGUGGACCAACGUGUAUGAGGAUGCACUGGGGCUGGGGUUAGUGGUGACAGGGACCCUCCCUGUUUUCAACCUGACACAGGAUGGCCCUGGGGAAAAGAAGAACCAGCUGAUCCUGGGUGUGAUGGGCAUCGAUGUGGCUCUGAAUGACAUUAAGAGGCUCACUCCAAACUACACGCUUGGAGCUAACGGCUAUGUGUUUGCCAUUGACCUGAACGGCUACGUGUUGCUGCACCCCAACCUCAAGCCCCAGACCACCAACUUCCGGGAGCCUGUGACUCUGGACUUCCUGGAUGCUGAGCUGGAGGAUGAGAACAAAGAGGAGAUCCGUCGGAGCAUGAUCGAUGGCAACAAGGGCCACAAGCAAAUCAGAACGCUGGUCAAGUCCCUGGACGAGAGGUACGUAGACGAGGUGAUGCGGAACUACACCUGGGUACCUAUAAGGAGCACCAACUACAGCCUAGGGCUUGUGCUCCCGCCCUACAGCACCUUCUACCUCCAAGCCAACCUCAGUGACCAGAUCCUGCAGGUCAAGUUGCCAAUCAGCAAACUGAAGGAUUUUGAGUUCCUGCUCCCCAGCAGCUUUGAGUCUGAAGGACAUGUUUUCAUUGCUCCCAGAGAGUAUUGCAAGGACCUGAAUGCCUCAGACAACAACACCGAGUUCCUGAAAAACUUCAUUGAGCUCAUGGAGAAAGUGACUCCAGACUCCAAGCAGUGCAACAACUUCCUUCUGCACAACCUGAUCUUGGACACAGGCAUCACACAGCAGCUGGUGGAGCGUGUGUGGCGGGACCAGGAUCUCAACACGUACAGCCUUCUGGCCGUGUUCGCUGCCACUGAUGGUGGCAUCACUCGCGUAUUCCCCAACAAAGCAGCGGAUGACUGGACGGAGAAUCCAGAGCCCUUCAAUGCCAGCUUCUACCGUCGUAGCCUGGACAACCAUGGCUAUGUCUUCAAGCCCCCGCACCAGGACGCCCUGUUAAGGCCACUGGAGCUGGAGAAUGACACAGUGGGCAUCCUCGUCAGCACAGCUGUGGAGCUCAGCCUGGGUGGACGCACACUGAGGCCAGCAGUGGUAGGUGUUAAGCUGGACCUAGAGGCCUGGGCCGAGAAGUUCAAGGUGCUAGCCAGCAACCGUACCCACCAGGACCAGCCUCAGAAGCAGUGUGGUCCCAGCAGCCACUGUGAGAUGGACUGCGAGGUUAACAAUGAGGACCUGCUCUGUGUCCUCAUUGAUGAUGGGGGAUUCCUGGUGCUGUCAAACCAGAAUCAUCAGUGGGACCAGGUGGGCAGGUUCUUCAGUGAGGUGGAUGCCAACCUGAUGCUGGCACUCUACAAUAACUCCUUCUACACCCGCAAAGAGUCCUACGACUAUCAGGCAGCCUGCGCCCCCCAACCCCCAGGCAACCUGGGUGCUGCACCCCGGGGGGUCUUUGUGGCGGAAACUGUCCUGAGAACUACAACUCCCAAGCACACCUUCCUCUUACCAACUGGAACGGCCCGGGAGCGCAGCUUCCUGGAACUUGUAGUUUUACCCAGAAAGUUGAUAUCCGCUCGUCCCCGGCUUCGGCUGAGGACUCCAUGUCCCAGCAUGCCGCAGAGCCGGAAGGGCAUCCCACCGCCGUAG